CUGAGCCGCUGGCUCUCAUUGGUCGAGGGUGACGUCAGGCAUUUCCCCCCCUGAACCAUGACCUCAUCCUUAGUUCAUUUUUAGUGCACCUUCUGUGUAACCCCCGAACUGCGAAUACCUUGUAAAUGCAGACAACGUCUUAUCUUUUUCUAACUUAAACUACACGGGUUGGCCCACAUACGAAAUCACUUCAAACAACAUGGGUCCUUACAUGUGCGUCGUAUGUAGGUCUACCGGGUAUUAAUUUUCGCACGGUGGAGAUCUCACUGUCAGUAGAAUGAGCUCAUCUGGACAACCUGGCCAAUGGCACCGCAACUCUGUGAAUUGUAAACAGUGACACUCACUGGCGAAUGGCUAUCCCGUAUCGGAGUCCGCUUUCACAUUGGGAGGUUAGCUGAGUAAUUCCGUGGACUGUGAAGGUUGAGGUGAGUGUGCCUCUUUGUCAUUUUGGCUGGCCAACUAACGUGUUCCUGGAAUGGUAGGGUUAUUGUCGUGUCGUCGGUUGGAUUUAAGAUUAAAUCCUCAUUCAGAUGCUAGUACAUUAGCAUUUUUUUCUGUAGCGUGCUUGCCUCCCCGCUCUCAACAACCACUAGUCGAACCCACCGAAUCCGCUUCAUCGCUCCACCGCAGCUCUAUGAUGGAAUACAUAAUCACUGGACUAUACCUAGGACUAUAAUAUAUACUGUUACAUUAAUGCCUCUCAUCAACAUCCAGUGGAGACUAAAUAUUCACUGAAAACCUUUUGGUAAGCACUGAGUCUUUCAUUCAUUUACUGAUUGACAUUAUCAAAAUAUCGAACGGUGGACGCUAUUGCCUGUGCAUUCAAACGCCAGUCAGAUGGUGUGAGCUGUCAUUUAAACACCGCAGUCAUCAUAAGUAUGAUUUAACAGAUUUGAACGGCGAUUGGUUUUGACGAAUAUUUUUUAUUUUCUCCUUCACACUGCGCUAUGUUCCGAAAUGAAGCCUACUGUGUGUUGUGGUGUCAACAGACUGCAUUGUAUGCUAUGCAUUCAAAGCCAUUAUUGCGGAAACUAUAAUAACAUCAUAACAAAAGAUUAGUAACAUUCAGAUUGCUUGUUAUUUUGUCGGAGUCAAAUUAUAAGUUUACAUGGAAAAUAAAGAUGAUUUUCAACCGCGUUUUAGAGCAAUGUGCAUCACGUCACCAUGGACAACCUGGCAUUCAGUCAGCCACAUUGGCAUCAGGCUUGAUGCUCAAGGAUGGCAACAACGUUUAUGUUGUCCUAAUCGUGAAAAACUAUUUUAUUCAGAUAUGCCUUCUGCACACGAUUGUUUUAGUUGUAGAUUGCACGUGAGGCUGCCUUUACUGUGUUAAAAGCUGCGGAUAUAGCUGACAGAGUCAACAUCAUCAUUCUUCAACCCUUUUACUAACCUCCACACAUAUCAACAAAGAAAUGUAUUCUUGUUGUUGAUCUGAGGAUCUUAUUGCGUGUCCAAGGUUGAGAGUUUUAUACAGAAAUAUACAGAGAAGAUAACAGAAUUGAUGAGACGAGAGAGAGAGAGAGAGAGAGAGAGAGAGAGAGAGAGAGAGAGAGAUUAAUGGUGUCACGUUGGAUGGGAAUAUGGAUCCGGCUAAGGCCCAUGAGCUAAUCUGAGUGACUGACCUGGCUCAGGCGAAUGAGUCUCUACCCACAACUUUCACUUGGUAGAGUUUGUAAAGGUAAUUCUACCAUCUGGGCAUAUUAGAGGAAGAGAUGUGAAUGUCUACCCUACAGUGACACACGCUUUAUUUCCAAGUUGACCCAUAUUUGGCCAUCCAUUUGAGGCCAGAAAUCUCCGAAGAUAAAGCCUUGUGCCUCUUUUUCAGGUCAGUACUAACUGAACACUAUCUGUGUUUAUAAAAGGCGCAUCCCCUGGUCUUACGAUGUUGAGAGGGUCCCAGAGGGUAGCUGUGCACUAAUUCACCUGGGCCUGUUGUGGUCGGUAGCUGUAUUGUGUAACAGCUGAGAACGAGUCUGCAGGCUAUAACUCUCAGGCAUUGGCAGUUAAUGCGUUAAUGGGUAACCUAGAUGAUCUCACCUCUCUCCUUUAUCUUUCUGAAUAAUAUUCAUCUCCUCGUCUCCCCAGCCUAGACUGUGUGUGUCACACAUAGAUGAUUGCUUUUCUUCUGCCCUGUGACUGGGUCACUAAAAGUUGAGCUGAUGAACAUUAAUCCAGAACGGCACUGACUCGUCCUUGGUCUGUGCAGUGCAUUUGAAAUUCAUGGCAGUUUCUUAUCAGCCGUAUUCCAAAUCAACACUGGGCAGUGUUUACAAAGUAGGGCAGCUGCCUUUAUAGUCUCACCCAGUUUAACUCUUUAUUUGGAGCGGAGCGGUUGCAGCAGUGGUGCCAGACUCCGCAGCAUCCGCAGACACAGACCUCAUGCCCAUCAUGGUGGCGCUGGAGUGUUUCCAUGGCAACCUCAGAAUUUAAUCCAGUCAGGCUAUCGCCAUUGUGUAUUGCUUUGUCACAUGCUUGUAGCGGAGCCCUUCUCUCUUUCACUCUUUCACUCUUUCUCUGUAUGCUUGCGAGAAACACACAUUUCCAUAUGCGCGCUUCCUCAGAAACACAUCACACAGAUCCGGGAACAAUAAGAACUUAUUUCUAAAUAUGGAUGGGCCCCUUCCUUUGUUUGUGAACUGCACCACAAAUAAAACCCUCUGACUAUCCACGGUGUGCGCAUGCGUGCGUGCUUGAGUGAGUGUGUGUGUGUGUGUGUGUGUGUGUGUGUGUGUGUGCUUGUGCUUGCGUGUGCUUCUUUGUGCAUGUGAGAGUGGGUCUACCUCAGGAGUCCUAAAGCACCUCUUCAGUCUCGGGCAGCAGUUUCUGUCACCCUGGUGCUCUGAGCCAACCGGCUGCUUCAUCAGGGCUCGUAGCUCAGGGGCUGGGGCGGUGGAGAUGCCUUUAGACCGGGCUGGACCAGACAGACUCGGGGUAGGUCUACCAAGAUCGUCAGCCUAGCGGGGUUGGCGAGGCUGGACCUAGAGACUCUCUGGACCAGGCGAAGAUAUCACACAGACGGGGUAUCUAACACUCUUAACAACCUCCCCGUCUCUAAAGAUAGGGCUUCACACAGUCACGGGGGAUGCUUGUUGUAUCGAUCUGUGUGGAAUGUGGAGGAGAGGCUGUGCUAGGUGCUAGGUGCUAGCUGAGGUGAGGUUGUUUCAGCUCCCUCUGUCUCUGUCUCACAGUGUGUCUUGUCAUUUGUCAUUGUCCUAACAUCUUGUGGUGAUUUCGGAUUGGUGGCUACAGCCGUGAUGGCAUUAGUGUGACCGGGAGUGUGAUUUGUGAUGUGAUUUGUAUGUUCAUCUUACUGAAAUAGACAGCUAAAUCCAACAGAAGAGGUGCAUAUAAGAAUUGCUGUGUGUUCGGAGGAGUGUCUGUGUGUGUGUGUGUGUGUGUGUGUGUGUGUGUGUGUGUGUGAGUGUGUGAGUGUAUUCACUUGCUCCUGGCUGUUACUAGGCAGCUUUCUAACAGGAUGUCUGGCUGCAGCAAUGAGAUGACGUGUAGAUCAGAAGCCAUGUCUAUCCUGAGCCUCCUCCUCUCAUCUCCUCAGUGAUCGGACCUCAGCCUCUCCCACACCCCCCACCCCCCUCCCCAUCUUCUUCUGGGAGCGAUUAUCGUCCCUCUCCCACCCCUCACGCCUGGGCCCCCAGACGCCCCUGUGAGGAGCAGCGAAAGGCACAGCAGCACAGCAGCACAGCAGCAUGGCUGGGGAGAAACAUGGCCGCCGGUCGGCCAUGGACAUCAAGCGUCUGGCGGGGCUGCUGCAGCGCGGGGCCGGGCGCCUGCUGGUCAUCGACAGCCGCACCUUCUCCGAGUACAACGCCUCGCACGUGCAGGGCGCCACCAACGUCUGCUGCUCCAAGCUGGUGAAGAGGAGGCUGCAGCAGGACAAGGUGUCCGUCACCGAGCUGCUGCAGCCCAACGGGAAGGUCAAGGUGGAGCUGGGCAGGAAGCAGGAUGUGGUGGUGUAUGACCAGGGGACACGGGAUGCUGGUCAGCUCUCUAAGGAAGGCUUCGUCAACAUUCUGCUGAGCAAACUGGAUGGCUCCUUCCACCGGGUCUCUCUGCUGACUGGUGGCUUUGCGGCGUUCUCCUCCUGCUUCCCAGGCCUGUGUGAGGGGAAGCCUGUGGUGGCCCUGCCCAUGAGCCAGAGCCAGCCCUGCCUGUCUGUGGCCAACGUGGGCCCCACUCAGAUCCUGCCACACCUCUACCUGGGCUCCCAGAAGGACGUACUCAACAAGGAGCUGAUGGCCCAACAUGGCGUCACGUAUGUGCUGAAUGCCAGUAACACCUGCCCCAAGCCUGAGUUCAUCCUAGAGAGCCACUUCAUGCGCAUUCCUGUCAAUGACAACUACUGCGAGAAGCUGCUUCCAUGGUUGGACAAAACCAAUGCAUUCAUUGACAAAGCCAAGGUGUCCAACUGCCGCGUUAUUGUGCAUUGUCUGGCUGGAAUCUCCAGGUCGGCAACCAUCGCCAUCGCUUACAUCAUGAAGACAAUGGGCUUGUCAUCAGAUGAUGCAUACCGGUUUGUGAAAGACAGGAGACCCUCUAUAUCACCCAACUUUAACUUCCUGGGUCAGCUGCUGGAGUUUGAGAAGGGCCUGAGGCUGCUGUCCUCCACGGAACAGUCCAGAUCCGGUCUGGAGGCCCAGGACGGGUCGGUCCUGCCAGCCGGGGAGCCGGCGGGGCAGGAGAAGGCGGCCCGCGAGAGCCAGACCAAAGAGACCCCGGGGGGCCUGGAGGCCGAGACCAAGCUGGUCUCGCCCACCUCCCUCCAGCAGGGCUUCAACGGCCUCAACCUGUCGGCCGAGCGCAUCCUGGACACCAACCGCCUGAAGCGCUCCUUCUCGUUGGACAUCAAGUCCGUGUACACGCCCAGCAACGGCCUCGCCCGGCCCCCGCCGGCCCACUCCGACGACGUUCCCAAGCUCUGCAAGCUGGACAGCCCCAGCGCACCCAACGGCGUGUGCGCCUACUCGCCGGCCUCAGACAGCCCUGGCUCAGCAGAGUCGCCCAGCGUGGGGGUAGGGGGUGCCGCCACAGUGGAGGGCCGGACGCGCUCACGGCGGAAGUCCAAGCACUUUGGCAACAGCGAGGGCAGCUCGCCAGUGCACACCCUGGGCUCGGGGCGCUCACUGCCUGUGCACAAGAGCCCCAGCCUGGACUUGAGCCUGCAGCAGCCAGCCCUGUUUCUGGGCCUGCCCUCCGGCCCUAUGUGGACCAAGCACAGGGACACAGUGCAGGCCACCACGCCCGUCACGCCCGUCACGCCCACCGGCGACGUCCCCUGGUUCUACGGCGCCUCGGAUCUGUUGAGCGGCAGCGGCGGCAUUGGCAGCGGCAGCAGCAGCACUAUCGGUGGGGACUUCGCUAGCGGCUCAGCCUACGCCGCGCUGGGUUGCAGCAGCCUGCCGAGUGGCUGCGAUUUGUCUUCUACGUCCUCAUCGUCCACGUUGUCGUCAUCAGCCAAGGUGUGUCUUCGGGAGAAACUGGCCGAGCCGCGGGACACCAGGGCCAGCUGGCACGAAGACGUCGCGGCCCCCGCCGUGGCUGCCGGCUCUUCCGGCGCCUCCGACAAGCAGUUCAAGCGGCGGAGCUGCCAGAUGGAGUUUGAGGAGGGCAUCUCAGAGACGCGCACCUGCGAGGAGCUGGGCAAGAUCAGCAAGCAGUCCAGCUUCUCAGGCAGCAUGGAGGUCAUCGAGGUGUCCUGACAGGCCAGGCUGAGGACAGAGCAACCCAGUGGGGCCUGAGCUGGACCUCCACAAGGGGGGUGGUGAAGGGAAGGGGAAAGGGACUUGUGGGUAAUUUAUAAUGCACAGAGCUUUUUUUCUGUUUUGUUUGGUUGUUUCAAAGAUCGCUUUAAUGCGACCCUGACUCUUGACAGACAGUGAGGACUUUUAACUUUAACAGGAUAUUUCUGGACAGCGAGAGCGAGAGCUGAACAGAAUGAACCCUCUGAAAUGGCGCGCAGACUCUGUCUCUGUGGUGAAGAAGUCCUGAUUGGCCAUGGCCCUUUCGGGCUCCAGUUCCUGUCGUGUGUGUCUAUCUAGACAUCCAGAUGGCUCUCUCUCGGAAGCACUUGGCAGAGGGCAAGAUCCUCCUUCCCCCCUCUCACCCAUCAGGCUUUGGGCAAAGCCACAGUGUGGUGAAGACACACUGCUAUGUUCCUGUGACUGUGACUCCUGGCGUUCAAUGUGUACAGAUGAAGGACGUUUUUUGUGUGAUUCAGUAACAGUCCACUCCGUCAACCAAAAGCACAUGAGAAUUUCAGUGAAGAAUUUGAGUGGGGUCCUUUUGUGAAAUACAUACAUUAAUGGCCUGAUUUAUCCCAUGAUGCAACCCUGAAUCAUGUGUUCCCCCAGUAUUAGCAUUUACCUAGCUGUGGUUUUAAGGGGUUUCGGGGGGUGGGUUAAGGGGGAUUGGGGUCCCCUUAUGGUUGGUUAGCAGCACGACACCUCCUCCCUGAUGUUCCUCAAGUCAUCCCCCCCUAGCACUGAGCAUGCGAAACAGCUGCUGGACCCCUAUCGACAGACACUAUAUAUCUUCUAUAUAUGAAAAGCUAUUUUAAUGGACUGUAAUGUUUCUCCCAGGUUCAAUACUUUUAAUUUAUUCUAUUUGUUUCAUUCUGGUAAUGAGAAAUAAUAUAAUGAUUGUGUAAGGUUUGUUUUUUUGUGUUGAUCUCAAUUCUUUUGCUGGAUGGUAUUUCUAAAACACACUCACACACAGAUACACAACGACAAGCAAUAGUGCUGUGCUUUUUCUCCUUUUUGUCCCUGUUUGUAUCCUUCGGCUGCAAGGGAGAGCGCUUGUGACUGGGGUUCAUCUGAUACGUAAACGCACUUUCAGUUUCUCCAAGGACGAGUGUCAUCCGUCCUUCCAAAGGGUACCAUGACUUUCAGAGACAAACAGAGUAAUUACAUGCCACAUUGUCCUGGCCAACCAAGGGACUGUGGGUGUAGUUGAAUGAUCUUGCCAGCCUUUGUGCGUGAACCAUUAUUAAAAAGACUGCGUUCCUGAAGGAAGUGUCCCAGUGUAAUCUGCAUUCAGUUUUUUUUUGUCAUUUUUGAUUGUGUUGCAUUGUUCUGAGGACAUUUGAGUUCCGAAAAAAGCACAAAGAGAAUAACUUGAGGAGAGGGAGAAAUGGGACAGGUAUUCUGUUCCCCCACCCUGACAAACUUUGCAUAUUUAUACAUUUAUUUAUUGUGCAAAGGGUGUUUGAGUGUGUAUGAGGGAGAGAAUGAGUGACAGUCAAGCCUUCGACUUUAGAAAUAUAUACUCCUAGAUUCUUCUCCGAUGCAAAGAACUUUAUCCUUUGUUAUGGCUAGCCUUUUCACACAAACAAACACCCAUCUGGUCUCACAUCCAAAUAAUAAACAAACAUAAGCUUUACAUACACGUAAACAAACAUAAGCUUUACAUACACGUAUCUAGUCUCUCUGCUGGCAAACUGUCAGGAAGUGUUCAGGUCAGGGUCGAAAGAGAGUCACAAGCUUAACCACUGACCUGACCCUUGACCCACGUGCCAGUGACGUGGAGCAGUUGGUCAGAGACUAUACCCACCUUCUGCUAUUCUCAGGGGAGUUGCUAGUUCGCCAAGCCCACAGCCAAGCACAGUACUUCAGCACAAAACACAGUGCAUGUCCCCAUCUCUAUAUCUCUCUCUCUCUCUCCCUCCCUCUCAUUCUCUCUCACCCUCCAUUGAUUUCCAAAGGAUUUAAAGCGAGUGUAGUACAUAGGGCCUGUCAGUGUAAAUGUGAAAUGUGUUGCUGCCCACUGGGCAAGAAGGGGUAUUUAUUUGUGUACCUUUAUGUUAGCUUUUCUGUAUGGCAACUUUUGACCUUUUGUGCUGCUGUAAAUUCUAAUCCAGAUUUCUCCCAUUUCUCCCUGUGCAAGACAUUACUGAGUCUUUCUUUCCUUCUAUGUUUUUAAAGUUGUUAUAAUUAUUUAAUACAUGUAAAGAAAAGAUGCAGGAUGUCGUUAUUGCUUAAAUUGUUUUUAUCAUUAUUAUUAUUAUUAUUAUUAUUAUUAUUAUUGUAUGUACAUAGAAACAACACCUAGAAAAAAGGAUUACUUUAGGUAUCUUUUUAAGAGAAAAUCCUUAUACAUUAGGCUGCUUGAAGCAAAAUACCUCAGGUUCUAUUGAAAUGCUUUUUUUCCUCCCCUUGUAACUGUUUUUUGUGAAAAUGAAUCAAAAAUACAAACAUGAGAAAAUACCAA